GACAAACGUUUUCUGAAGAGCGAAGCAGUUUCUUAGAGUUGCAGGAAUUUUCUGAGACUAAAAUGGCUGGAAUCGUCGUUGUUUUUGACUUCGAUAAGACGAUCAUCGACUUGGAUAGCGAUAAUUGGGUGGUGGAUGAACUCGGUGCCACCGAUUUGUUCAACGAACUCCUCCCUACGAUGCCAUGGAACUCUCUCAUGGAUCGGAUGAUGAUGGAGCUCCAUGCACAAGGAAGAACCAUUGACGAAAUUGCUGAGGUCCUCAAACGCGCUCCGAUUCAUCCUGAUGUUGUUCCUGCCAUUAGAGCCGCUCACGCCAUAGGAUGUGAUUUGAGGAUUGUGAGUGAUGCGAAUAUGUUUUUCAUCGAGACGAUUUUGAAUCAUCUCGGAAUAAGAGAAUGCUUCUCCGAAAUCAAUACGAAUCCAGGUUUCGUCGAUGAAGAAGGAAGGCUGAGGAUUUUUCCUAUCCACGAUUUCCACAAAUCCUCUCACGGAUGCAAUCUCUGCCCUCCUAACAUGUGCAAGGGCAUAGUUAUGGAGAGGAUUCAAUCGUCGUUAAUGUCAGAAGGGAAGAAGAAGAAGAAAUUCAUCUAUUUAGGCGAUGGAAGUGGCGACUACUGCCCUAGUUUGAAGCUUGGAGAAGGGGAUUUUCUGAUGCCGAGGAAGAAUUUUCCACUGUGGGACUUAAUUAGCCAAAAUCCACUUCUGAUUAAAGCAGAAAUCCACGAAUGGAGCGAUGGAGAAGAGUUUGCGAAUAUCUUGUUGAGCUUAAUCAACACCAUUUCCAUGGCGGAAAAUGCUCAGUUCUUGUCGUCUCAAAAUAUGGCCGUUCCUGCAUACGAGGCACUGCCUUCGCCCACACACAAACCAGCAAUGGUGGCCAAUUGAAUUCUAUAGCAAAACGCAAUUUCUUUAACCGAUCACACUAUCUGCUGAACUACUUUUUUUUUUUUCUUUCUUUCUUUCUUUCUUUGAUACCAUCUAGUGAAAAUUAUGUAUUGAGGGCUCAAUUUUGGCAAACGCCAAUUCAGUCUUUGCGAUAUCUAUUUUGUUUAAUUCUAAAAUUGAUCAGUAAUUUACAAAAA